AUGUCUUUCAGUCAUCAGCACCCUACUUCGAAAGCGCCGAAAACAAGCUCUCCCCCCGCCACCGCCAAGGCCCAACGCCAACUGACCAGCAAGACCUCCUCCAGCACUUCCGACCAUGAGAUCACAUCCCUCUACGGAAAAUACAGCGAAUCGGCCUGCUCAAUCAACAAGCCCAUAGACCACAAAGACUCACCCCGACACGACCGCUCACUAGACCAUGCCAAAAGCUCUUGUUGA